AUGGCGGCCUACACCCUCCUCCACCCGCGACGCGGUCUGUCGCUCCUGGUCAUAAUCGCGACAUUGUGUUUCGGCGUGAUCUUCAUGCUCUGGUACGGCAUGAACUCCGACCGAGACUAUAUCCACCCGAUCCUGACGCAGCUCAUCCCCGCCGGCCACUGCGCCUGCCAAACCUCCACCACCUUCCAAUGCUCGACCUGCCUCUCCUGUCCCGAGACGGGCCUCGAACACGACGAUACACACCCCGGGUGGACCUUUGAAUAUGCUCGCGACGGUCGCAAUGAGGCGCUUGACCAGAAGCAGUGCAAGGCUGCGUUCCCCGGGUUAUUCGAGGAUAUUGCGCGCGGUGGGAAGUUUUGGUCUUCCCAUGGUGGCCUCUCCACGGCGGAACUUGAUUCCAUUCCCGUUGAGCAGGGUAUGGGGCGCGCGUUUAUCUCCAAUGGGGAGUUGUAUGUUGUGUCUGCGCGGUCCAAGGGCGAGGAUCACCGGAGGAAGAUUCUGGGGACGUUGAGUUCUAUUCAUCGGGCGCUGGCCGCCGACCCGGAACGAGCGUCGCGUCGCGACAUUGAGUUUGUCUUUUCGGUUGAGGAUAAGGUGGAGGAUGUGACCAAAGGCGAUUGGCCUGUUUGGGUGUUUUCGCGCACGCCAACUGAAGAGGGGGUCUGGCUGAUGCCCGACUUUAGUUUCUGGGCUUGGGAUAACCCCAACAACUAUAUGGGUCCUUAUGACCAGGUCGUGGAUCGCAUUCAGCGCUUGGAUAUCCCGUGGGCAGAGAAGAAGCCCCAGUUGGUCUGGCGGGGCAAGCCUAGUUUCGCGCCGAAACUGCGACGCGCGUUGAUGGAGGCCGCUAGGGACAAGCCAUGGGGCGACGUCAAGCAGGUCGAUUGGUCGACUGGGCAGAAUGUGCUCAAGAUGGAGGAUCAUUGCCACUAUAUGUUCAUUGCGCAUGUCGAAGGUCGCUCCUAUUCGGCCUCGUUGAAGUACCGACAGGCUUGUAACUCGGUCAUUGUCGCACACAAGCUUCAAUUCAUCCAGCACCACCACUACCUGCUGGUGGCGGAUGGUCCUAACCAGAACUAUGUCGAGGUGGAGCGCGAUUUCUCCGAUCUGGCUGACAAGAUCGAGCCUCUGGUUGCCGACACUGAGCGCGCUCGACUCAUCGCUCAUAACAGUGUCACCACCUUCCGCGAGCGUUAUCUCACCUCUGCGGCUGAAGCCUGUUACUGGCGGACCUUACUCGACGGGUACUCUGGCGUAUGGAACAGCACCGUCGAACAGUGGUCCGAAAAGAUGCAACGUGAACGAGGACUCCGGUACGAGUCCUUUGUGCUUUUGGAGAGCCCGAAGAUGUUCAAGUUCGAUGCUGCUGCCACUCAGGAUUGGCAGGGCUAA